CUUUUAAGUCCAUUCCAGUAAUCUCAAUCUUAAUUUUCACAGCCUCAACUUCUUCACAGCCUCAUCAACACCCGUCGAAAUGUCGACCGUAUCGCCAGAAACAACAAACGCGGAUAUCAUCUCGCCUCCAAAAUACACAGCAAACGCUGAGUCCCCCAGAGACGAGAAAAUCGCAAUUGAACAACCAAAAGUUGACGACGAAAACCUCCCCGAGGUCGUUACCGAGCAAACCAGCCCAGCGCAAAUGAGCCCUCCCCCCGCAAGCGAAUACCGUCCUGUUUCGACCGUUUCUCCCGCACCGGAAAGUACAAUGAACUGGGACGGUACGCAAUCGCCGCCCAUCUUGCAGCAUCCUGCUCUUGCCCAGCAGCAGUACGCGGGGCAUCAGUCAAUGGUCAUUGCAGCGCAGCAAACACCACAGGUUCCUCCGGGAGAAACUGUUACGCCGUUGCAUUUGCUAGCUGAUCAGGCUGAUACAAUGGAUUGUCCGUUUUGUCAGCGUCGCGCUGAGACAAAGGUUAAGAAGUCUGCUUCUUCAAUGACACAUAUUUACGCAACCGCUCUUUUCUUUACGACUCUUUUCGGUGUCAUUUUCCCUUACGCAUGUCACUGCGCGCCAAACAUUAGCCAUUUCUGCAAGAACUGCGGUCGCAAAGUCGCAUUCAAGGAGCGCGGUGGACAGAUGGAGGCACUGGGCACGCCUGAUCAUUUGAGGGAGGUCUCGAAGUAUCCAGCUGCUCCGCCUAAGCAGAAAUGAGCUAUCACGAGGGGUUAAGGCGUUGGUAGCGAUCUAUUGUCUAACCUAAUGUUGCGGCUCUUCUUCUGCGAGGAGAGGUGCUGUCUCGGGGGUCUUUUUGUCUUUCUUCAUCCCGUAGGAUGCGACUGUGUAGAUACCGAAAAUACCCAUGAAUGUACUGAAUGCGAAUGCGAGGAUGCCUUUGAGCGUGAAG